CUUCCCCCACGGUCUCCGGGCGGCCUGAGACAAGCCCGCGGGUCCGCCACCUGGGGGUGGGCCCAGAACCCGCCCCCGCCCCCCGGCCCAGCGCUCCAGGGCAGGGCUCCCGCCGACCGCACGUGCAGGGACGGAUGCGCUCGGGCACCGCCGGCCCCCGAGCUGGGUGCGGGGACAGACCCGCGGCGGCGGCCUCUAGGAGGCAGGGAGACCGGACGGCACGAGCGCCGCGCUGGGGCAGGCUCCGCCACGGUGCCGCGCGGGAGGCCCACGCGGAAGGGCCGCAGCCGGACUGCGGGGCCGGGAGCCCCGCAGACCCUCCUCGGCGCCGCGGGGCCGCGCGCACAGCGGGCUGCGGGGGUGGCCAGCGUGGCCAGCGCCCCCCGGGGACGGACCUGGAGAGCCGCCGCCCCGCCUGCCCCGACUCCGCCGCGGCUCACCUAGCUCUGGGCCGGGCCGUCCGGCCGCGACCGGGAGUCGAGCCCCGCAGCAGGGGGCGCCGGGCGGCGAGCUGGGCGCAGGCGCGGGCCGGCAAACGUGGAGGGCGUGAGGUCACGGCGCACGGGCGGUCGUGCGCCGGCGCAGUGGGACGUAAACACAGGCGCGCCGGGGCCCGCAAGGGCGGGCGCAGGCGCAGUGGGGCGAGGAGGGCGCGGCGCAGGCGCAUUGGCCGCGCUCGCGAUGGGCGUGGUGUUGACGGCGCCGCGAUGGCUGCUCGCGGGUGUCGGACCCGCGAAGCCCCGGGCCCCUCUCAGAGCCCGGCCUCCUGA